AUGGGAGCGGGUUCGGGAUAUAAUGCAGCUGGUGGUGGAGCAAAGGCAGGAGGCAAGUGUGGCGCCCAACGUGGGGCAGGAGCUGUAACUGGAGCCAGAGCAAGUAUUAAAGGCGCUCGCCAGGAGGCAACAACCACAACCACACCGACAACAACAUCAACAACAACGGCAACAGCAACCACUCAACAAUUUACUAAGCAAAAUCCUUUUGCUGCCUCCCGGCAACGUAAUAGUAACAGUAACAGUAACAAUAGUAGCAGUAACUUUAACCUUAUUGUAAGCAGUAAAAAUAGUAGCAUCAUCAGCAGCAACAGCCACAGAAAUGUUAAAGAGACUGUUACCAAACAGAGGCAGAGGCAAAAGAAUGUAAAUUAGUAAGAGUUUAACAAGAGAAAAAACCAAACAAAACGAAAAAGAUAUACCAAGCAGACCUAAACAAAUUUUGUAUUUUUGGGAUAUUUAUGAUUUAAUUUCAAACUCAACCAGACCUCUCUUCCCAAGCUUCAAACGCCAACAAUCCACAAAACAUAUAGCCACUGUAAUUAAAUGCAAGGAAAAUGUACACUUAACAUUUGUUCAUUUAUUGGUUAAGAAACUAGAAAUAACAUAAGAAACAAACAAAAUACAACUGAACAAUUGAUUUUCAACAACAUAAUAGAGCAGCAAACAACAGCAUAACGACAAAAGAACGAAACCGAAACAACAAAACAGAGUACAAAAGAAAAAGAAAAAAGAAAAUAGACAUAAAAUUUAUGAAUUUUUGUUUGGUUAAUUCGUUUGAAUUGCAUGCAGUGGAAAUGGGCGCGAAAAACAAAUGAACGUUAAGAGGAUGCCGGAAAUUGUUUAAGCAAGUUUAAUUGAUAAUUCCUUGAACUCUAUAAACACCAUCGCAUUAAUUUUUACCUUUUUUAAAUUAUUUUUUUCAUAUCUUUAAUUUUUACGUUUAUAGGCGUACUUUAUAUACUUUGAAUGGAACUUAUUGAGUUUUUGUUGAUAUAUUUGUGUAAAAAAUUUUUAAGUAUACUUAUGUAAGAGAGUGCAGAGCGUGGGUGGUAAACAUUAAACAAAACAAGAAAAACAAAAACAAAAACACAAAAAAAUUAAAACCAAUCUAAAGAAAAAAAAAAUGCAAAACGAAAAACAGAACUAAAAGCAAGUGAAAAUCGUUUAUUAUAUAAACUAUUAUAUAAAUAUAUAUAUAUAUAUACAAAUAUAAAUUAUAUACAAAUUACGCAUACCUACCACAACAUAUAUAAAUAAUACAUGCAGAGUACAUACGAACAUAAGUAACGGAACAUUACAUAAUAUUACUACUAAACUACAAUAAACAAAUACUUUGCAUACAUAUUUAAUAUGCUUUAGUAACAUAAGUACGACAAGUUCAGAGAGUUAAACCAAGAAUUCCUCGAUUUCCCCACACAAAAUUCCCUUCAAAAAGCAAAAAGAAUGCGCACGUGUGAGCGAAAGGGGCCUUGCAUUGCAGAUGUCUCCUUUCGCCAAGCCGCGCCGACGCUGUGCGUUUUUUACUUUCUUCUGAUUUUCCGAAAUCGUCUCAUAGAUGACGCCAGCUACGACACCAAGUGUCCCUGCUCGGGCGCCACUCUUGAGACCCCAUUCGAAUUGAAGAACUAACUCUUCUUCGCGCAGCGUUGCCGCGGCUUGGCGUCCCGCAUUUCCCGCCCCCCCCAAAAAAAGGAGAGAGACUAUGAGAAUGAUGAAGGGAUCAGCAAAUGCAUCCAGGCAGCUACACUUUGCCACCCCCUCUCGAUCGCCCACUCGUCCGCAUUCGAAAUAUUUGAUUAAGGAAACAUUAUGCAGGCAAACCGUUCACAGUUAAAGGAAAAAAACGUAACGAAAUUUAAAACAUGAAGCAUAUAUAAGCCAGAUCAUACAAAAACAACCAGAUAUUACUACAUACAUUCAUGCUCUAUGAAAACAAAAAAAAAAAAUACAAAAAAUUAUGUCAAAUAAAUGGUUUUUCCUUUUCCCUCAACAAAAAA